UUGCUCCAAAUCUCCAGCUAGCUUAACUAGCUAUGUUGUUGCUAGACGACACCAUCUCUCACACCGUAGAGUAAACACUAGCCUCUUGUGAAAAUGACGGUGGUAGUUUAGUUUAAACAACAUCAGCACGAAAUGGUUCAUUGGCUGCAUCAUCUAAAGCAAGUCUUAUUCCCGGAGACGAGUUUUUGUUUUCUGGAUAGAAACCUUCAGGUUGCAGUACAGCUAGCGUCUCUUCAGUGACCUCGCAUUUUAACACUAAUAACCAAGGGACCCAGCUAAGCUGAAGCAUUUUAGCUGAACAAAGGGAUGGAAACUUUACGAGAAGCAAGAGUUUUCCUACUUACAUGACCUUUGUUUACCAUUUAUGUUUAGCGAGACUAACAAAAUGUCUUUGGAGGCCAGUGAUUUCCCAUCUGAUGAGGACUGCGAAGAGCUGGUGGAGGAUGGUUUCACUCUUCCUGCUGAUAUCCCAGUGAAGGGAACAUCGAGGAAAAAAAUGACUGGCAAGACCCUGUCUUCUCCAAGGUCUCCUUAUCUCUGCAGUCUAAAUAUGAACUCAAAAAGAGCAGCAGUGGCAGCCUGGAGACUGCCGAGGUCCUCCUUAGGGGACACUAGAGGCGACAUCUCAAGGGAGCAUUGUUCGGCUCGCCACACGUCCCUCAGCAACGGCCAUGAUGUGCCCUACAUGUUGGCUUCAGAGUCUGACAGUCCAAAGCUGCUAAAACACAAGUCAGCCAUGAGGAAGCAGCACCUUCUUUCAUUUAAUGGUUUUACUCUGGGUGCUGUAGACCUCAAAGACAAAGAAAGCAUGUAUGACGAGAUCCUUCACCUUAAAAAGAGUCUCCAGGCUCAGAAGUCUGACAACCAGCAGAUGAAAGCCAAACUACGGCACCUGGAGGAAGAUAAUGCUAAAAGAGAAAAACAGAUUGAAGAACUCUUGGACCCCACUAAGGGCUCUGAAUACACCCGAAGUUUGGUUGAUAAGAAAAAAGAAGGGAGUGUGAUCGUCAAUGGGCUGAAGCAGAGAAUCCUAAAACUGGAGCAGCAGUGUAGAGAGAAAGAAAAUGCUUUAAGUAAAUUGCAAAGUGAGUUGAGGACCACUAACCUGGAGGAGCUGAAGAUGACUGUAGAAACAUACUUUGAAGAGAUCCAAAGACUGAGGGUACUUUUAGAUGCUACGGAGAAAAGCAGUCGGGCAGAGAGUAAAUGCUCUCAGAGGCAGCAGAAAGCUUUAAGCUCUACUGUUCAACGUUUGGCUGAAAACGUGAAGCAUCUGCAACAGGAAAACGCAGCGCUCAGAGAAGAGCUCGGCACGGAAAGUCCUGCUGCUGGAAUUAAAGGUUACAAAGAGUGGAGCAGACAGCGGUUGCUAAGAAGACUGUUAGAGGUGGAGAGGAGGCUGGAGGAUAGUAGAAGACACACCCAUUCAGCUAACGGCAUCGUCAGAUUGGAUAAAGAGGUCCAGGCUACGCCUGUAGAGGCUCCAGGGUUUACCAUGGCAACAGAGGCAGCGGUCUCUGUGGGAACUGUCACUGAGCAAGAUGGAGAGGUUUCUGCUCUCAGGGAAAACGUCGGCCAAUUAGAGGAGGAGAUGGUGAAGCUUCAGGAGGAGCUGACAAAUAAAAAUGAUGAACUGAUGCAGAUGAUAAAAGAAAGAGAUGAACUAGCAAAAGAGACUGAAUGGCUGAAAUCUGAACAGAAAGAACAACUAGACAGAGUGGAGCAGCAGCAUAGACAGGAGUUAGAGCAGUUGUUGACGAGGGUUCAAACUCUGGAGGAUGACAGAAGCAAACUUGUAAAGGCUGAGGUCUGCUUACCCCCUCCUACAGUGGAAGAGCAUCUGGAGGAUGCUCAGCACCGAGCAGGUCAGGAGGAGGAAGAGGAGAAGGAAAAAGGGGAAGAAGCACAGAGGAUGGAUGCAGAGAUGGCUAAAAAAGAAAAGGCCGCUUUGAUUAUUCAGACGAACUGGAGACGGCACAGACAUAGGGACACCGUGAUGCUGCAGCCAGCGAUAAGGGGGCAUCUUUUCCGAAAUUCAUGGCUGAAGAACAAUCAGAAAAACACAGAGAAUAAGUCUAAAGCUUCUCUAAGCAGCAGAAACUCUGCUGAUGGAGGGCCAGAUGUUGCUGCCCUGACACUGAUACAGUCUGCCUUCAGGGGACAUUUGGCUCGUUGUGCUCUUGCAACAAAGAGCUCAGGGUUUACAGUGCCUUCUCCAGAUGAAAGCUAUCCGCCUGACUUUUCAGAUGGUCCUAGCAGAAAAGGUUCUGAUUAUCUUGGUAAAAAUGCCAAAAAGGAACAAGACCUCGAUCCUGUCACAAACCCUUUUGUCUCCGGCAGGUCACACGCACAAGCUCAAAGACAUCCCCGCUCCACGGCAGAGUUGGAUGCAGACACCGGAGUCGAAUCCGAUGAUUCAGAUGAAAUCAUUGUGUCUCCGUCACGUCCACUGAGAAGGAGAGAAGUCCUAUUACAUUAGAUCUUCCACACUCUUUUCCUUUUAUGUUUUAUCAUGACGUCCUUCAUACGCUUUAUUAUAAAUUAUAUUUUAAAUGAGAAAAAUAAUGAACAUAUUGGCUUCCUAAAAGAAUCAAUAAUUAAAAGUUUAGUUAUUGUUUUUCUUUAUAUAAUUUUGAGCCAUUAAUGAUUCUUUGGUUUAACUGCUGAAGAAGCUGCUCCUGAUUAAUCAUACUGCAGUGACCCGUAUUACUGUAAAUUCACCUGAUUGUGUCAGAAUGCCUGACAUGAAAACCAUGCAGAUGAUCCUACAAAAUAAUCAUGACCUGGAGGUGUGAACCGAGUCUCAUUGAUGCCAAACUGUGAAUGAACGACAAAUCACUCUACUGCAAUACUGAACUGUCAUUCUGAUGUAGGAAACCAGGGUGGAUGUGUAGUUCUAUUAAAAGCUCUGCUCUAAGGAAAGCAUUGAUUUGUAAAGCUAUCAGAAAAGAACUGAUGACUGCAGUCCUCAUUCUGAGGAUAUAACCUAAUGUGCGAGGCGUUCAAUUAAGUCAUGCCCUUAAAAAUUUAGUUUCAGAUCGUUUUUUAUUUUAAUUUUAUGAGGCUCUUUCGUGUGUUUUUUGUUAUAUAUGAGUUGUUUUAGAGGAAAUGUUAUUUUUACUACUACAUUGCUUUUUUCACAACAAAAUCUCAAUAAAGUCUUGUUUUCCAUUAACUGUA